AUGGCCAGCAGCGUGCCAGUCGAGCGUGCGAGUACUGCCGAAAGAAGAGACUUAAAUGUACCCCUGAACAGCACCCUUGUCUCAACUGUCAACUAUAUCGGGAAGAAGACGCAGGAAAUGGUUUCGAAUGCAGGGGAACCCACUGCGAUAAUUGUGGACUCUCUCCUUGCGGAGCAAACUGACACAAACCCGAAACGGCCUCAAAAUACGCUGGUGUCUCCGGGUCCUACAGACACUCUACCAUCUAAUAAUGGCACGGGAGACUCGCUGCAAUGGGACUUGGAGUACCCGAGCGCAGUGGACCAAUUACAUCAACAACACUCGCUAGAGACGACAGCAUACUCCGAGGUAGAAAAUGGUUAUACCUCAUUGGCACAAGGGUGGGAAUUGCAAGUUCCUAUGGACUACUGGGACCUCGAUCUUCCCGUCAACAUGGAGGCUUUCGAGCCGGAAUCAACCAUACUGGGCCCGAAAACAGUGUCAACAUUGUCGGAGACUGGUAGAGUAUCUGGCAUAUUCUCCUUUGCCGGCGAUCAAACCGAGACCAAUCUCCAGCCAGCCAUCCCCGUAGGCCUAUUUAUCGCCAAGGAUCCUCGAGUUAAUUCCUUCAUCGGUCUUCACUCAGCGGGAUCAACACUGGCGAUAUGCCUGAAGGACUGUUCCGCCAGCUCACAGAUUUUAGGCCAGCUGGACCAUGUCCAGUUUCUUUUCAAUGCGGGGCCGCAUAUCAAUGAGUGUAAUGUUCCAGAGGAGACGAAAACCUUAUCGAGAGAAUUCCCAGCGAGAGAUUUCGCAGAAUUUGGGAUUCGGGCAUAUUUCAGAAAUAUUCACCCGAUAUACCCCAUAAUUGACCGACAAAUAUUCCUCGAAAACUGGCCUUCCCUGUACAAUACGGAACCCGAACAGCUGGACGCUAUCACAUACUCUGCUUUUGUCCUCCUGGUCGCCAUUGGAGCCCUGAGUGAUUCUUCCCGAUGUGGCGUGACUGACUACCAGACCUCGGUCUUGAAAUUAUACUGGCAGAGCUGGUAUCUUCUAGACAAGGUGACUGGCUCUCCAUUUCUCCCGUCCGUCCAGGUAUUGGUUCUACAUGUAAUCCUUCAGAUCCAGCUUAACAAGGAGGGGUUUGCAUGGGUUCUCUGUGGUACUGCCAGUCGUAUGGCACAGUCUCUUGGCCUUCAUCGCCGUAGCCCAACCAGAUUCAACCUUGGGGAGCCGGAGGUCUACCUCCGCUCCCAUCUCUGGUGGGCUAUACUCAGCCUGGAUUCAUUUCUUUCUGCAGUCGAGUGCCGGCCACCCAGCCUGCCGCCAAGCAUGUGUGACCAUGAUAUAUUACCACUCAACAUCAACACUCUCCCUAUGGACGCUUGUACGGGCGAUGUGGCAGACACUUACUAUUGGAGUCUGAGGCUUACUCGCAUCCGGCAUGAAUACUGCGUCAUUGUAAAUCGUUGCGAGAGCGUGUAUUCACGGCUUGAUGCGCUAGCUACGCUGGACCACAGGCUAUUGCAAUGGCGGGAGGAAGUUCCGCCAGAUAUUCGUCCUGGACAACAGAUCAUAGCGCCCAAGGCUCUGUAUCAUUUUGUUGCCCUACUCCAUCUAGAUUAUUUUCACAUUUUGUGCUCAAUUCACUGGGCAUCCAUAUUGUCAACCACCAAUCCCGUUAUUCUGAAGGCUCAUCAGAGCAUUCGGAUCCAAUCCAGCGAACAUAUUUGCGUCGCAGCUGCUCGAUCAUUCGUCGAUGUGCUCAAUGGUCUCAACACAGAGUAUGACGGCAGCACGUUAUUUCCAAUCACGUAA